UCAGAGUGGGAAACUCUUAUCUGUUAUGAUAGUGUCUGUAUGUGAAACACAUUAUUCAUCCUAAAAGUUCAGUAAAUGCUGAUUGAAUGAAAAUGACUCAGCACUGUAUUUGCACACCAUUUUUAACUUCUUUCUGGAGUCCCUGGUACCUAGCAUAGUUUGUGGUAGUAAAUUUUGGAAUGUCCUCACUUAAUUUUCAUACCUGAUAUGGAAGGCAGCAUGUUGCACGCAGACUUAGAGCAGAUUGCUAGGGAGCUUUUCCAGGUCCUCCUAUUCACUGUAUGGCCUUGGGCAGGUUAUUUAACCUUUCUGCAUCUCAGGUAUUUUUCUGAGAUAUGGUGACACCUGCCUGGUAGGAACAUUGUGAGGAUAGAUGUCAAGACACAUAGGAUGGCAUCUGCCACGUGAUUAAUUUUGGUUAAUAUCAUUCUGUUUCAUAGAUUAGGGGAGAGGAAGUUAUCCCAAGGACUUUAGAUGAAAAACUUGUUCCAGUUUGGGUAUACAAUGCCUGCCAUUUAUUGAGAGCUUACUGUUUUCCUGCUACUGUGCUAAGACUUCUUGGGCUGCUUGUAAACAGCUCCAGGCCUCAUUCAGGGAGCAUGAUGAGAAAUUUGGUAAUUUGUUAUUGCUUCAUGGUACAUUUCAACGUUUUGCUAUACUAUUCCUAACUGAUUAUUGCCAUUGACUCAUGCUUUUGCAUUAGGGAUGACAUAGGCUUAUGAUAGCAUAAUGAUGUGGUGUGUUUGCUGAAAGUUGGCACUUUCAAUGUUAAGGAUAGGAAAGCAUAGAGGAUGAAGUAACUCCAAAACAGCAAAACACACUGUUGUAACAAUAAUAUAUAUUGUUAACAUAAUGUGGGGAAGGAAGCGUUGUUUACCUUGGGUCAAGGGUAGGUUAGUGUGCACAUACAGCAUUCAUUCACUUAAGAGUGCCGACUUCAGUAUCUGAGCCUCUGUUGGUCUGUAAACAGUGACUGUAUUUUAAAAAACCAUUUGUGUGUACAGUGCCUGUCAUUUCUUGAGAACUUACCGUGUGCCAGCUACUGUGAUAAGUCCUUUACGUAUUUCUUAUUUUAGCCUUAGGACAGCUGAAUGAGUAACAUAACCCACUUUAUGAUAAUUUGCUCUUGGUCACAUUGCUCAUUUUACGUAAUCAUGAUGCAAGCGCCAUCUGACUCAAAGCCUGUAUUAUAUUGCCUGUACCAGUGCAACAAAUGAUAACAUAAAAGAUAUUAAAUACUUACUGAAUAAGGGAGUAAGUCGUGUUAUGAACUUGAAUAAGACACAGUCCCUGUCCUCGAAGAACUUAGAGGAGAGACAGGGAAGUAAAGCAGUGAUCAGGCUGCAGGGUUAGAAGAGUUAUGGUAGAGAUGUGCACCUGGUGCCGAGGGAGUCCACAGUCCGCAGGAGAGGCUCCUGCAGUGGGGAGGAACAGGAGGGAUCCUUCCUUGAAGAGAUGGAGUUUGACCCAAAAGGCAACCUCUCGACUUCUAGUAAAUUACCCAGAGCCCUAUCGUUCUCAAAUAUUGGAUUAUCUCUUUAAGCCGAACUUCGGUGCCUCUUUGCAUAUUCUAAAAGUUGAAAUAGGUGGUGAUGGGCAGACAACAGAUGGCACCGAGCCCUCCCACAUGCACUAUGCAUUAGAUGAGGAUUAUUUCCGAGGAUACGAGUGGUGGUUAAUGAAGGAAGCGAAGAAGCGGAACUCUAAUAUUACACUCAUGGGGCUCCCGUGGUCCUUCCCAGGAUGGCUGGGGAAAGGUUUCAACUGGCCUUAUGUAAAUUGUCAGCUGACUGCCUACUAUGUCGUGACCUGGAUUGUGGGUGCCAAGCAUUAUCAUGACCUGGACAUCGAUUAUAUUGGGAUUUGGAAUGAGAGGUCAUUUGACGUCAAUUAUAUCAAGGUGUUAAGAAGAAUGCUGAACUAUCAAGGCCUCCAGCAAGUGAAAAUCAUAGCGAGCGAUAACCUCUGGGAGCCCAUUUCUGCUUCUAUGCUGCAUGACCCCGAGCUCUUGGAGGUGAUUGAUGUUAUAGGAGCUCACUACCCUGGAACCCAUACAGUAAAGGAUGCGAGGCUGACUAAGAAGAAGCUUUGGUCUUCUGAAGAUUUUAGCACUUCAAAUAAUGAUGUGGGUGCUGGCUGCUGGGGUCGCAUACUGAAUCAGAAUUAUAUCAAUGGUUACAUGACUGCCACAAUUGCUUGGAAUUUGGUGGCUAGUUACUAUGAGCAGUUGCCAUAUGGACGUUGCGGACUGAUGACUGCACAGGAGCCAUGGAGCGGGCACUAUGCUGUAGAAGCUCCUAUCUGGAUAUCAGCUCAUACCACACAGUUUACUCAACCAGGUUGGUAUUACCUGAAGACAGUUGGCCAUUUAGAGAAAGGAGGAAGCUACGUAGCUCUGACAGAUGGCUUAGGUAACCUUACCAUCAUCAUUGAAACUAUGAGUCAUAAACAUUCCAUGUGUAUACGGCCAUUUCUUCCCUAUUUCAAUGUGUCACAACAAUUUGCUACCUUCGUCCUUAAGGGUUCUUUUAGUGAAAUACCAGAGCUACAGGUGUGGUAUACCAAACUUGGAAAACCAUCUGAGAGAUUUCUUUUCAAACAACUGGAUUCUCUAUGGAUCAACAGCGGCGGCAGCUUCACGCUGGAACUGCAGGAGGACGAGCUGUUCACACUCACCACCCUCACCACUGGAAGGAAAGGCAGCUACCCGCUGCCCCCCAAGUCCCAGCCCUUCCCCUGUGUCUACAACGAUGACUUCAAUGUUGAUUACCCAUUUUUUAGUGAAGCUCCAAAUUUUGCUGAUCAGACUGGCGUAUUUGAAUACUUCAUGAAUAUUGAAGACCCCGGAGAGCAUCGCUUCACACUGCGCCAGGUUCUCAAUCAAAGACCCAUUACUUGGGCUGCUGAUGCGUUCAACACGAUCAGUGUUAUAGGAGAUUACCAAUGGUCCAAUCUGACUAUAAAGUGUGAUGUCUAUAUAGAGACCCCUGAGAAGGGGGGUGUGUUCAUUGCUGGAAGAGUGAAUAAAGGUGGCAUUUUGAUUAGAAGUGCCAGAGGAGUUUUCUUCUGGAUUUUUGCAGAUGGAACCUACAGAGUUACAGGUGAUCUAGCUGGAUGGACCAUAUAUACUGUAGGACAUGCUGACAUUACAGCAAAAAAAUGGUAUACGCUCACUUUAACUAUUAAGGGUGGCUUCUCCUCUGGCCUGCUGAAUGGCCGGCCUCUCUGGAAGAACGUGUCCGUGACCUUCCCGAAGCACGGCUGGGCCGCGAUAGGAACGCACUCCUUUGAGUUCGCACAGUUUGACAACUUCCACGUGGAAGCCGCACACUGAUACUCAUGAAGUGCCACGGAACCCUGCAGGGAUUUUCUUUUUUUUUUUGGUUUUGGUUCAGAGCCAAUUCUUGUUUUGAUGGAUCGAUAGAUGAGCCUUUUGGAGGCUAAAAAUAAUGAAGAGAAAUGGGGAGAAAAACAUAUUUUUGCUAGACCCCCUGGAAGAUUUUUUUUUUAACUAAUUCCAAGGGGAAACGGAUGAACCUCUGACGUGACCUGGUAAUGUCCUGCAGACAGGACCCUGGGUACGUCGGUCCUGUCCUUAGGAGUGGCUUGGGUGUUCAGACCUCAAAGCCUUGUGUUAAGCUGAGGGAGCUCUCGUCAUCUUACUUGCAAGUGACCAUGCAGAUGGCAGCAAUGUGAUCAUCACUGUGAUGCACUUCCUCAUGCUGACCGCGUGUCCAAGGGAGCUGGCGACCUCCUCGCAGGUGACGCUGCCGCACCAGGAAGCUGAAGGACACUGGAAGUUCUGCUUUUUGAAAACCACUUCAACGUGUUAUGCUUACACACUAACAAGUAUUUGUCUUUUCCUUUUUAAGAUGAUGCUUUUGAAUUAUAGACAUGAUGGGUGGGAUGAUUUGAAAAAUGCCUCAUUAAUAAACUACCUCCAAAGCUAUUUCUACACUAAUAAAUAUCAGUGGAUUAAUUGAGUCAUCUGCAAUUUUAUUUCUUUUGAAUCCAACUUUUGGUCUUGUGACCCUUGUAACUCUCUGCGGCUGAAAGGAGGACGGAAACCCCACAUAGCCAAUGCUGGAAGCGAGUCCAGAGGUAAAUUGUAGCAGUUUUUUUGUGUUUCAUUUCAUUGUGCCUUUAAUGAUCUGUCUUCUCUUGUGGCGCUGGAGACAGACUGAAAUAGUGAAUGAAUACAUUUAUCACCUUGUGCUUGGAAGAAGAACCCUUAGCCUUUAGCUAGUUCACAGAAUUGGAUCAUCCUCUAACAUUUUGUUUGGUUAGAUGCAUUUAUUUCGUUGAAGUACAAAUAUGUUUAAGCACGGGUGAGCGGAUUUCUAAUGCAGUGUAAUUUAAGUCAAAGCAUUAGUGUAUCUCGUAGAAACAGCUCAGUUAUGCAUGUGGAUAAAGUAAAUUCUGGAAUUCUUUAUAAUGAAAGCUUAAAGCUUUGUUGAAUGAAUUCUACAAUUUUUGAGUUUGUAGUGGUUUAACGUAGACUAAACUGACAUGAAAUUUUGUAUUACUGUUAGAGACAAGAAACUAAAUAUUAGAAUAAAUUAGAUUACGGAGAAAAUUUUAAAGUUUAAACUCAAGUCUAAGUGAUUUCCAGUUUAGGUCCCUACAUAUUUUUAAAAAUUAACUUUAUUGAGGUAUAAUUUACAUACAAUAAAAUAUUCCCAUUUUAAGUGUACAGUUCAGUGAGUCCUGAUAAAUGGAUACACCCAGGUAACCAACACCCCAACCAAGAUAUUGAACAUUUCCAUCACCCUAGAAAGCUCUCUUGUACACCUGUGCAGUCAUUUCCCUCACCCCCGACCCCGAUGUCAGGCAACCACUGAUCUGAUCUCCAUCACUAUUGGUAAGUUUUCUUUGUUCCAAAACAUUAUAAAAGUGACAUCAUGCACUUGGUAUUCUUUUGUGAAUGGUUUCUUUCAUUCAACAUAAAGCUUUUGAAAUUUGUCUAUGUGCCAUGUAUAUCGACGGUUUGCUCCUUAUUUCAAAGAUUAUUCCGUGGUAUGAGUAUAACACAAUUUGUCCCCCGGUUUUUGGUAUUGCAAAUAAAGCUGUUACAAACAUUUGUGUACAAGUCUUUGUGUGGACAUAUGUUUUCAUAUUUUCUGGGUAAAUACCAAGGAGUGAAACUGCUCAAUCUUUUGGAAGUGUGUGUUUAACUUUAUAAGAAAUUGUCAAACUGUUUUCCAAAAUAAUUAUGUGAUUUUACAAUCCCAUUAGCAAUGUUUGAGAGUUUUUGUUGCUGCACAUUCUUGUCAAGGCUUCCUAUUGUUACUCUUUCCAAUUUUAAUCCUUUCUUGUGGCUUCGUAAUAUGUGCACUAGAUACGGAGCAUCUUUUCCAGGGCUUAUGUGUCAUUCAUAUAUUUUUGUGAAAUGUCUGUUCAAAUCUUUUGCUCAUUUAAAAAAUUUUGUUCUCUGUCUUCAUAUUGAGUUAUAAGAGCUCUUUAUACAUUUCGAGGAGAUUUUUUUUCUCCAAGUCUAUAUCUUUUGAAGAGUAUAAAAUUUUAAUUUGUAAGUCCAGUUUAUCAUUUUUUUCUUUUAUGGUAGGUGUUUUUUUGGUAUCCUCAGACAUCUUUGUUUACCCCAAGUUCACGGGAAUUUUCUCCUAGAAGUGUAAUAUAUUUAGCUUUUACAUUCAGCUCUGUGAUCCACUUUGUAUUACUUUUUGUACAUGAUGAGAGGUGAGGAUUGAGGUUCAUUUUUCCUGUAUGGAUAUUUAGUUUUUCCGGCAUCAUUUGCUGAAAAGACCUUCCUUUGUCAAAAAUCAAUUGACUGUACAGCCAGUAAUAAACUCCGUAUUCCAUUCUACUGA